AUGUCCAAUGUUCGCGGACCCACGUCGGCGCUGACCGAGUUCCUCAGGGAGCGAGGUAUCACAGCAAGGAACGCCAACCGUUUCCGACGACGAGAUCAGGAUGCUCAGGAGCAACCCCAGGCUCAGACUCAAGGACAGAGUGCUACACUAGAUGGAGGACGCUCGCCAGCUUCGCCUGUUGCCGCUUCGCCAUCGCCAGCGCGCGCCCGACAUCCUUUGGCACACAACAGCAGCUCGAUGAACUUUGACGAGGACGACGAGACCGACGAUGAUCUACCUGAAGCCGCCUCAGCAGCAGCUGCGCUCGUCGAAUCUGAAGCUGGAACCAGCUCUGGCCGACCGGUACGGUCUAAAGGCAAGAAACGUUCACAGACCGAGGAAGUCACCACAGAAGCCAGCAGCAGGAACACCACCAAUGGCAAGGGAAAGAAGAAGGCCAAGAAGGAGGACGACGAUGAUGACUACAGUCCGUCCAAGAGUGCUGCCAAGAAGGGCCCGGCACCAGAUGACUGGGAAGAUGCGAUUGGCUUGCCCGAAGCCAGCAGCUCGCGCGCCAAUUUCUCCUAUGCCAACCGUAAACCGGGCAGUAUCGCCUACUGCGGCAUGUGCAAGAUGAAAUUUACCAUCACUCAGUAUACGAAAAUGGGUGAAAAGGGUCCCCUCUGCCAUCGAUGUGGCCCGCCGUACAAAGGACCUGGAGGCGACGACAAGGCCACGUCUGUGCCCAAGAAGAAGCAGCCCCGUCGCAAGUUGAUGCAGGACGGCUUGCGCCAGAGCUUUCCUAGCUUGCAGAGCUACUGCAUCGAUGUGGUCAGUCGUCACAUCGAGGACGUUGAGGCGCUCGGCCUCAUUGGACAGCGCAACAUGGACGCAAUCAGCAAGUCGAUCUCGAAGAACCGCAGUCUGAAUCCCAAGACAUUGCAGCUCUUCCUCACGCCUGGCAUCACCACGCUUUCGCUGUACGACUGUAGCAAGCUCGACAGCCAGUCGUUGCAGAGCAUCGCCACAUUCUCACCAAAUCUCGAGCACAUCAAUCUGCAGUUGUGCGGUAUGCUUGACAACGAUGCAAUCGACGUUUGGGCAAAGAGACUUCCCAAGCUCAAGAGCGUAGAGCUGUAUGGUCCUUUCUUGGUACGCAAGGAGGCAUGGCAUCGUUUCUUUGAAGCUGUCGGUCCUCGCCUUGAGAGCUUCAAGAUCCGAGAGUCGCCACGUUUCGACUUGUCCUGUGCCGAAGCGAUGGUCAAGCACUGCCCCAAUUUACGGGAGCUCGGCUUGGCGCAGAUCGGUCCAUUGGACAAGACCAUGCUCCAACCGCUCGAAAGCUACGGACAUCAGCUCACGUAUCUCGAUGUGUCGGAUCCCGGUGUUUCAGCGCCAGGAAUUCCACCAAAGUCCCUGGAAGAUGACGAGGUGGUGAGCCUGCUGAAAGCCGUGGGCAAGGACUUGACCUACCUGGACGUGUGCAAGAAUAUCGAUCUGACCGACCGUAUCGUGACUGAAGGCAUCAUGCCGCAUUGUCAUAAGCUCAAAACUUUGCGAUUGAUUGGCUGCGAGAAGAUGGAAGCAGCAACGGUGGCCGGCAUGUUCACCGAGUGGACGCGACAAGGUGUUGCUGGCCUUUCCGAUCUUCACCUCGAUAGGAUGCUCAAGCUAGACGACAGCUUGAUGGAGCCAAUGCUGACGCAUUCGGGACCGGAUCUGAUUGAACUUUCCCUCAAUUCGGUGGAUGGCAUCACCGACAAAGGCUUGGAGAUCCUUGCCAAUGCCAAGAACCUGCCCAAACUGGAGGUGCUCGACCUCUCAUUCGUUCGUGCGGUCGACGACGACAGCCUGGACCGCAUCUGCAAGAGUCUUCUUAGCCUGAAAAAGGUAUCGGUAUUUGGAUGCAACCGCAUCAGUGACUUCCUCAAGUUCGAUCGUGUGAGGAUCAUCGGCAAGGAGAAGUACGCGAUGUAG